AUUACGGCAGCUCAGUCCAACUAUACGCCAAUCCUCUCUCGCCUAUCUCUCAUCCUCUUUACGCGAUUGCAACGCCCUCUUCGGAUUCUUCUCGUCUUACAGCUACGUACAACAAGCACCCCUCGAACGACCGAAUUGAAGCUCCCCUUCUUAUCCCACCACUCCCGUACACAUACACACACCCCUCGACCUCGAACUCGAACGAAGCUAGGAGCAUAUACCCAAGAUGGCGUCAAUGUGGAUGUCCGACUCUCAAAAAAUUGGAGUAAUCUUUUGCUCCGGAGGAGGAUUCUUCCUCAUCGGCGGAGUCAUGAUGUUCUUUGACCGGGCAAUGCUGGCCAUGGGAAACAUCCUCUUCCUCAUCGGCCUAACAAUCAUCAUCGGACCCCAAAAGACGCUCCUCUUCUUCGCGCGGAAACAAAAGGCAAAGGGCACGGCCGCCUUCUUUGGCGGACUCGCGCUCAUCCUGCUACGCUGGCCCCUGAUCGGCUUCUGCGUCGAGCUCUACGGCAUCAUGGUUCUCUUUGGCGACUUCCUCGGCACGAUUGCCGCCUUUGCGCGGAAUAUCCCCGUCAUUGGGCCGUAUAUCGGGACCGCGGUCGAUCGGUCUGGCAUUGGUCGCCGGAAUGCCGAGUUGCCCGUGUAAGUUCCAUCGGAAGGCGGGUGAUGUAUCAACGUAUCAAUGAUUUCGGGAGCCACUGGAAUGACGAUGCUCUUUUGGACGGGAGGGAAUAAGC